AUGUCUCACUCCGCCCCGUCGCUUCUGCUUCGUAAUCUACACUGUUCAUUGCCAGUGAUUGCUCAGAUCUACAGAGAUGCUGCUGGCGUGGGAACCGGCGUUUUGGAGAAGGACCAGGGAGCUUCGUCUCACUUGUCCCCCCCACUGAGAGUUUUUACUACAGAAGAUGGUGAAGCUGCGGCAGACUUUUUUUGUCGUGAGCUUGGUAUGGGGACCUCUGCGUUGCGUCGCUGGCGCAGCGGUUUGACGGAAGCCGCACGACGACGUUGGUGGGGUGGGGAACAUUCCCUCCCACAACGCGGUGCGUCUCCUGCACUUCCAACUAACGUGCAUGACGUCUUGUUUGUUCAGAGUGCUAUUGAGGAUUUGAAGGCAGUGGUCUCACCAUUUCUCACAUUGGCGACUUUGAGAGGAAGGAGUGGGGUAUGUGGAAGUUCUUUUUUGGCCACGCAGCGUAUACCGCCUGGCAUGUAUCUUCUUAGUUUACCUGUGGAAGCUCUCAUGUUUGCGCAUCCGCCGCCUGCCAGUGAUCCUAUCACGUCCUUUUUUAUGUAUGUAGAGGAAUUGGUGGGACAGUUGGUGGUGGCGGGGGACGAGGUCACAGGGAAGGAUUGGCGCCCCUCCCAUUCAGGUUAUGUGAAUUACCUGAAGAAGUCUGUGAUACCGAGCAACAAUCUACCUUUUUUGGAACGUGAGGAGAUAACGCAGAUAUUAAAAAUGGGCAAGACAACGACUUCCUUGGGGGAGGCGAAGAAUAGUUCCAAGCAGAGUAGCAAGAGCCCUGCACUUGAGUUGUGGGAAUAUUUUCAUGAUGAGAUGCAGGGUUUGCCGUUGAGCUCCUAUUUGCGUCAGCGCUUGUCCAAAGAGGAGUAUGCCUGGUGGGUGAGUUUGGUGCUGUCGCGGCGUGCUGGCGCUGCAACCCUAAUUCCGUUGGUGGAUAAACUCAAUCACGACCCGGAACCGAAUUGUUACUACACAAUGGCAACAGAAGAGAGUUUUUGCGGAAUCGACGUUUUUGACAAUCUUUUGGCUGGUGUUCCUUUUGAUUUGUUGUACGAACCGUUUCUGCAUACCUUUAGCAUUCGCGAGAUACAGGAAGGGGAGGAGCUUACGCUCUGCUACGCGUCUCCUACAAUUCACCCGAAUCCUCAUAGCUCGAAGAGUGGAGGAGGUGGUGGUGGUGGCAUGUCUGUAACCUCUCCAGAAGGUCGAGCUGCGUGGCAGCUGCAGUGGGGUUUUAUUCCGGAGGGAGAUUCCCCGUAUUCUUCUACAGACUUAAAGGAAGUCGCCGCGAUUGUGGCAGAACGUCGGGUAAAUCUUCGGCAUCAUCACUUUCCAUCCGGUGCGUUUGAAGUAAACGCUGGAAAAACACGACAUUAA